UGCGAGCAGACAACAGCCCAGUGGAGCGGCGGCCGUCAGUUGAUUCUCGCGCACCGAACAAGCCGCGCUUGGUUCUCUACUCAGAGCGGGGAAAUGGCUGCCGAUCGUUCUUAGGCGAGUGCAGAAACAGCAACAGAAACAGAGGACGGAAAAGAAAAGGUGUCAACGUUCUCAGUGCAAACAAGCGCAAAGUGUAAUCGUGUGCUUAAAAGUCCAAAAGAACUGAAAACCGGAUGCAAAACUAAAUUCUCAAACUGUUAAUUUCUAAGGCAAAAAGGCAAAACUGUGUGCAUUCGAUGAACAUGACAGAUCCGAAUCCAAAAACAACCGCCAGAGAAGCCACAAUAAAACCCGAGCGAGAAAUCAAACGAUCUACAGAACAAGCAUUCAACGCAUAUUAACGCAAAGCGCUUCAAAUUAACACUGAAAAACAAACAGAAAAAAAUAUACAAUGGAUACAAUGGCAACUACUAAACGGCCAGAAAUGGAACAGUUUUUGUUGGAUGUGCGCGCCCACUUUCGUGCCUCGCUGGAGACAUCCGAGUACGAAAACACCUCGAAUCUCUUCCACAUGACGGCCGCCGAACAGACGGCGGAGCUGCUGGAGCGCUGCGAGCUGCUGCUGGCGGGCUAUGCAGACGCAGACGUCCAGGUGCCAGCUCCAAGCAUCAAGUCGAAUGGGAAUGGAAUGGGCGACUGUGUCGAUAGCAAAGUGGGCGCGGAGACCGGUCCCAGUUGCUAUCUGGAGAUGUUGUCCUCGCCAUCGUCGUCCAAGAACUCGCUGGCCGCUUCGCGGGAGUAUAUCGAUCUGAGCAGCAGUGGCUCCUUGGACAGUGACAAGACUUUUCGCUUCUCCGCCAACCAACCAGGACCAGGUUCAUCGUCUAAGGAUGAUAAGGAACAGCAGCUGUAUGAGACCUGCCAGAGCCAGGGUCAGGGCCAAGACCAGGGCGAGGAGGAGGCACAAAAGGUCAUAACCUUCACCCACGAGCUGAUCAUUGACUGUCCAUACGCGGACCUUCCCGCCGGACACCUGUCUCUGCAGAGAUCCACCAAAUACGGACAGCUUCAGCGGAUCGUACCAAAGCGCUUGUUCUUCGAUCAGACCAGAAAGUGCUACUGCGGCAUCCUCAACGAGUGGAUGCUGUGCUAUGCGGAUGGUCCGACUGCCUGCCGGCCCAGUAGCAGUCUCUACCUGAAAAGCUCCGCCAUUGAGAUCGAGCACUUUGGCGAGGGGAAACGGCGCGACAUUUGCUUCCAGAUAACAACCGACGAUCCCAACAAGAAGUUCGUUUACCAGGCCAACAACGAGGUCGAUGCCAAAGAGUGGAUCCACGCCAUUGAGGCAGCCAUACGUGGCGAUGCCACCACCACUGUACACCAGUCCCUGAAGAGCCCGCUUCCACGCAAACUGCCCACACCGCCAGUCACGAAGAGAACAAACUAUUCAGCUACGCCCACAACAACGGACUGCAUUUACGAAGAGCCUUCGCCCAUUUACAACCUUACCGUGGAUUUGUCGGGGACGCCACCCAAACUGCCUGAGAAGACCCACAGUCCAAGCGCCCUGGCCAGGCGCUUUGAGUAUGACGUGCCAAAGUGUCCGCCGCAGCCGCUGCAGGAGGCGACAUCAUCCGUCGGGGAGGUGGAAACGAUGGUGCUACUAAGUGAUGGCGGAACCAAGGCGCAGACACAGCCACAACCACAACCGUCCAGUCUGCACGGCAGUCUGGUCAUGGACUUCCACGCCAAGGUUAAGACCGUCCACAGUGAGCUGUCUACGCAGCUGUCGCCAGGCGGUCCCAGUCCGGAGCGCCUGAAGAAAGCGGUGAAGAAGAGCUACUCCUGCGCAAGUAACAGCAGCGAUUCGGAGCAGCUGUCGCUGUCGCUGACGAGUCCUGCUCAAAGCCCCAACAACAAGGAGCAGAAGAAGCAACGCAAAUCUCAGACAUCCGCACAGACGAGUCCGCAGAAGAUGACGUCCACGCCCGGGAAGGACUGUGAUAAGCUGGCGAGGAAUUGGUUUCUCAGUCGUCUCAAUAAGAGCACGGGACAGAAGACAGCGAGCACGGCCAGCGCUGCGCCCGCCAAUACCAAGUGCAAGCAGAGCGAGAAGGAGAAUCUGCUGACAGAUCCGGAUCUCGGGGAGGGCUACGGCUAUGAUGGGGCACUUCCAGGCGAACGCGACUUGAGUUUGUCGAACAGCAGUCCCUCCUCCCCCAGCCUGAAAGCCGAGGCCAAGAGCAAAGUGAACAUGAUCAUCAAUCAGUUCGAGAGCAGUGGCCAUCUGUCCACCAUGUUCAGCGUGGAGGCGCUUGCGGCGAAUGCCCUGGCCUCGCUCACCUCCUUCUGCGACAACGACAGCUGCAGCAACUACGAGCCCAUCAUGCCACUAUCCACACCUCCCAGCAGCUUCCUCAAGAAGGUGUAGACCAAAUCCAGGUGCACUCAUCGCGAUCUUGCUCGUCUCGUCUCUGCGCUCGCUUAGUCCUUCCCUCCACAGAUGUAUUGUAGAUUUAGUCCUUAAGCUAGUGGAAACCGCUCUCCGGAUGUCACAUUUUUAUACCGACAUACAAUUUUAAUAUAAAAGCAUAAUUGUUAACAUA